ACAAGUUUCGAAAAUUUUUGACGUUUCAAAAAAAAAUAAUGGAGAAAAAUCGUAAUUUAUUUGAAAAUUGCGAAAAAAUAACCAACUGUUUGGAUCAGCUCCACCGGCAAAGAGACGAAUUAAACGUUUUGAUUAAAAAGCAAGAAGAGGAGAAGAAAAAUUUGUGUUUGGAGAUUGAAAAAUCGAAAUAUAAGCUGCAUUUGAUCACAAAAAGCCUCGAGCAGAAAUUCGAGACGAAAUUGCGUUAUGAUACAGCUAUAAAUCAAGCGGAAGAGGUUUAUCGGAAUUUAGUGGUUUCAUCUAAUAACCUUGUGGGGCACAUCUCGCAAGAGGUCGAUAAAUUAACGUUUUCUAAUGAUAAAAAAAUUGAAACUGAUCCUUCUGGAACUUAAAUACAAUAAAAAA